AUGCCAGAUACCAGCACAGGAUCUGUUAUCAAUGGUAUUGAUCAAUACCUAUACGUAGGGAACAUUCUUCGGAAGUCCCCCCUCGAUCGGAAUAUCCAACUUCCCCAGCAACCCAGUCACUCCUUACAGAACAGCGCGUGGGCACCUAUCUGCAGGAGCCCACAGGCGAGGGCAACAGAUCCGUUAUGUUACCGGAACUGCCCAGCUGCCAACGCACGACUACUGCAACAGCCGAGACCGAAAUGUCAACCAAGAUACAGAACCUCAUGGGAAGCUUCGACUAGACCGGUGGGAGCGGUGCCGGCCGCCAUUCCCUCCCACAAUUCCAUUUCGUUUCGCCGUGAUGGCCCCUUUACAGGGCCAUCUACAACCUCGUUCGCUGGUAGCCAUGCGGGUAUCAAUCAACGUAUCUCUGCGGAUAACUGA